GUCGUGGGCGGGGCCGGGGACCCGGAAGUGUCCAUGCUGGUCAUGGCGGGCUGUAUUGGGGACCCCUGUGGGCUGCUGUGUAUUCUGCUGACUUACCUGAGCUUGGGCUAUGCGGACUAUGUCAUCCUCAGGCAUAUCCUGCUGGCAUCCUACACAGAGAGGUGAGGGUGCAGGGGGAGAGCUGGUUAAAGAUGGUAAAUAGAGGGAGAGGGGGUGGGCAGACUGAGGGAGACAGAGAGAUAAUAAGGGCUGGUAGCACAUAGGAGGGAAGGAGAGGGUUAAUGGGGAUCUUAUUGGCUAUAUAGAGGAAGGAGAGGGUUAAUGGGGAUCUUAUUAGAUAUAUAGAGGGAGGAGAGGAUUAAUGGGAAUCUUAUUAGCUAUAUAGAGGGAGGAGAGGGUUAAUGGGGAUCUUAUUAGAUAUAUAGAGGGAGGAGAGGGUUAAUGGGGAUCUUAUUGGCUGUAUAGAGGAAGGAGAGGGUUAAUGGGGAUCUUAUUGGCUAUAUAGAGGAAGGAGGGGGUUAAUGGGGAUCUUAUUGGCUGUAUAGAGGAAGGAGAGGGUUAAUGGGGAUCUUAUUAGAUAUAUAGAGGGAGGAGAGGGUUAAUGGGGAUCUUAUUAGCUAUAUAGAGGGAGGAGAGGGUUAAUGGGGAUCUUAUUAGCUAUAUAGAGGGAGGAGAGGGUUAAUGGGGAUCUUAUUAGAUAUAUAGAGGGAGGAGAGGGUUAAUGGGGAUCUUAUUGGCUGUAUAGAGGAAGGAGAGGGUUAAUGGGGAUCUUAGAUAUAUAGAGGGAGGAGAGGGUUAAUGGGGAUCUUAUUAGAUAUAUAGAGGGAGGAGAGGGUUAAUGGGGAUCUUAUUGGCUAUAUAGAGGAAGGAGAGGGUUAAUGGGGAUCUUAUUAGCUAUAUAGAGGGAGGAGAGGGUUAAUGGGGAUCCUAUUAGCUAUAUAGAGGGAGGAGUGGGUUAAUGGGGAUCUUAUUAGCUAUAUAGAGGGAGGAGAGGGUUAAUGGGGAUCUUAUUGACUAUAUAGAGGGAGGAGAGGGUUAAUGGGGAUCUUAUUGGCUGUAUAGAGGGAGGAGAGGGUUAAUGGGGAUCUUAUUAGCUAUAUAGAGGGAGGAGAUGGUUAAUGGGGAUCUUAUUAGCUAUAUAGAGGGAGGAGAGGGUUAAUGGGGAUCUUAUUGACUAUAUAGAGGGAGGAGAGGGUUAAUGGGGAUCUUAUUGGCUGUAUAGAGGGAGGAGAGGGUUAAUGGGGAUCUUAUUGGCUGUAUAGAGGGAGGAGAGGGUUAAUGGGGAUCUUAUUGGCUGUAUAGAGGGAGGAGAGGGUUAAUGGGGAUCUUAUUGGCUGUAUAGCGGAAGGAGAUGGUUAAUGGGGAUCUUAUUAGCUAUAUAGAGGGAGGAGAGGGUUAAUGGGGAUCUUAUUAGCUAUAUAGAGGGAGGAGAGGGUUAAUGGGGAUCUUAUUAGCUAUAUAGAGGAAGGAGAGGGUUAAUGGGGAUCUUAUUGGUUAUAUAGAGGGAGGAUAGGGUUAAUGGGAAUCUUAUUGGCUAUACAGAGGGAAGGAGAGGGUUAAUGGGGAAUUUAUUGGCUAUAUAGAGGGAAGGACAGAGUUAAUGGGGAUAUUAUUGGUUAUAUAGAGGAAGGAGAGGGUUAAUGGGGAUCGUAUUGGCUAUAUAGAGUAAGGAGAGGGUUAAUAGGGAUCUUAUUGGCUACAUUGAGGAAGGAGAGGGUUAAUGGGGAUCUUAUUGGCUGUAUAGAGGAAGGAGAGGUUAAUGGGGAUCUUAUUGGCUACAUAGAGGAAGGAGAGGGUUAAUCGGCUACAUAGGGGAAGGAGAGGGUUAAUAGUGAUCUUAUUGGCUAUAUAGAGGAAGGAGAGGGUUAAUGGGGAUCUUAUUGGCUAUAUAGAGGGAAGGAGAGGGUAAAUUGGGAUCUUAUUGGCUAUAUAGAAGGAAGGAGAGGGUUAAUGGGGAUCGUAUUGGCUAUAUAGAGGAAGGAGAGGGUUAAUGGGGAUCUUAUUGGCUAUAUAGAGGGAAGGAGAGGGUUAAUGGGGAUCCUAUUGGCUAUAUAAAGGAAGGAGAGGGUUAAUGGGGAUCGUAUUGGCUAUAUAGAGGAAGGAGAGGGUUAAUGGGGAUUUUAUUGGCUACAUUGAGGAAGGAGAGGGUUAAUGGGGAUCUUAUUGGCUAUAUAGAGGAAGGAGAGGUUAAUGGGGAUCUUAUUGGCUAUAUAGAGGUAGGAGAGGGUUAAUGGGGAUCUUAUUGGCUACAUAGGGGAAGGAGAGGGUUAAUAUGGAUCUUAUUGGCUGUAUAGAGGGAGGAGAGGGUUAAUGGGGAUCUUAUUGGCUAUAUAGAGGAAGGAGAGGGUUAAUGGGGAUCUUAUUGGCUAUAUAGAGGAAGGAGAGGGUUAAUGGGGAUCUUAUUGGCUAUAUAGAGGAAGGAGAGGGUUAAUGGGGAUCUUAUUGGCUAUAUAGAGGAAGGAGAGGUUUAAUGGGGAUCUUAUUGGCUAUAUAGAGGGAGGAGAGGGUUAAUGGGGAUCUUAUUGGCUAUAUAGAGGAAGGAGAGGGUUAAUGGGGAUCUUAUUGGCUAUAUAGAGGGAGGAGAGGGUUAAUGGGGAUCUUAUUGGCUAUAUAGAGGAAUGAGAUGGUUAAUGGGGAUCUUAUUGGCUAUAUAGAGGAAGGAGAGGGUUAAUGGGGAUCUUAUUGGCUAUAUAGAGGGAGGAGGGGGUUAAUGGGGAUCUUAUUGGCUAUAUAGAGGGAGGAGGGGGUUAAUGGGGAUCUUAUUGGCUAUAUAGAGGGAAGGAGAGGGUUAAUGGGGAUCUUAUUGGCUAUAUAGAGGGAAGGAGAGGGUUAAUGGCUAUAUAGAGGAAGGAGAGGGUUAAUGGGGAUCUUAUUGGCUAUAUAGAGGGAAGGAGAGGGUUAGUGGGAAUCUUAUUGGCUAUAUAGAGGGAAGGAGAGGGUUAAUGGGAAUCCUAUUGGCUAUAUAGAGGGAAGGAGAGGGUUAAUGGGGAUCUUAUUGGCUAUAUAGAGGGAAGGAGAGGGUUAAUGGGGAUCUUAUUGGCUAUAUAGAGGGAAGGAGAGGGUUAAUGGGGAUUUUAUUGGCUAUAUAGAGGGAAGGAGAGGGUUAAUGGGAAUCUUAUUGGCUAUAUAGAGGGAAGGAGAGGGUAAAUGGGGAUCUUAUUGGCUAUAUAGAGGGAAGGAGAGGGUUAAUGGGGAUUUUAUUGGCUAUAUAGAGGGAAGGAGAGGGUUAAUGGGGAUCUUAUCGGCUACAUAGAGGAAGGAGAGGGUUAAUGGGGAUCUUAUUGGCUACAUAGGGGAAGGAGAGGGUUAAUGGGGAUCUUAUUGGAUAUAUAGAGGAAGGAGAGGGUUAAUGGGGAUCUUAUUGGCUAUAUAGAGGAAGGAGAGGGUUAAUGGGGAUCGUGUUUGCUAUAUAGAGGAAGGAGUCUGACAGGUUGAAGGAGGGAGUUAGAGGGAGUCUGACAAAUUGUAGGAUGGAAGGGAGAGGUUAAAGGGAGUCUGACACAUUGUAGGAUGGAAGGGAAGGGUUAAAGGAAGCCUGACAGGUUUGUCAGAGGGAAGGAGAGGGUUAAUGGAACAUGACAGGUUGUAGGAUGGAAGGGAAGGGUUAAAGGAAGCCUGACAGGUUUGUCAGAGGGAAGGAGAGGGUUAAUGGAACAUGACAGGUUGUAGGAUGGAAGGGAAGGGUUAAAGGAAGCCUGACAGGUUUGUCAGAGGGAAGGAGAGGGUUAAUGGAACAUGACAGGUUGUAGGAUGGAAGGGAAGGGUUAAAGGAAGCCUGACAGGUUUGUCAGAGGGAAGGAGAGGCUUAAAGGGAGUCUGACAGGUUGAAGCAGGGCGGUUAAAGGGAGUCAUAUGUUGAAGGAAGGGAUUAAAUGGAGUCUAACACGUUGUAGAAUGGAAGGGAAGGGUUAAAGGGAGCAUGGCAGGUUUGUCAGAGGGAAGGAGAGGGUUAAUGGAAAAUGACAGGUUGAAGGAGGGAGUUAAAGGGAGUCUGACAAGUUGUAGGAUAGAAGGGUUAAUGGUAGCAUGGCAGGUUUGUAAGAGGGAAGGGGAUGGUUAAAGGGAGUCUGACAGGUUGAAGGAGGGGGGGGUUAAAGGGAGUCUGACAGGUUGAAGGAGGGGCUAAAGGGAGUCUGACAGGUUGAAGGAGGGGGUUAAAGGGAGUCUGACAGGUUGAAGGGGGGGGGGGUAAUAAAAGGGAGUCUGACAGGUUGAAGGAGGGUGGGGGGAGGGUUAAAGGGAGUCUUACAUGUUGUAGGAUGAAAUAGGAUAAUUAAAGAGAACCCCCUAAAGAUUAUAGGAGAGGAUAUGAUUAAAUUAUCCAUUAGAUUAUGAGAGAAAUAGAUGUAAUAGAAGAAAUAGAGAAUGUUUUAAAGGAGGGGAGGAAAGGGUUAAAGGGCUUAUAUGAGGAAAAAGAAAGGGUUAAAGGGCUGUUAUUGGAUAUAAGAGGGACAGAGAGGGUAGCAUGGAGUUUGCCAGGUUAUAAUGACAGGACAAGCGAAUGAAGCUUUAGAUUUUGUAGUAAGAUAAUCGUGUUCCAUUUGUAGAGGACUGUUAUGUUGUUUGGAAUUUCACGGUGAAAUUGAAUUUGGAAAGUUACAAAGGUGUAUUAGUGUUUGAAGUGUGACUGUUACAGGAGAGUGUCAGUGAUUUCCAUGGGAUUUAAGAUGUUCUAGAAGGGGAACGAGGUAGUUUAAUAACAUUUCACUGGUUUAAAGAGCUGUAAAAUGGGUUCAAUUACGCUUGAAAGACACGAUGAGCCAAUUUUGGUGUUUAUAGAGUAAGAACGUAAAGGAAAGGUUUAAACUAGCUUCAAACAUUAUGGAUGAGUAAUAAGGAAAGGUGGUUUAAGCCAUUAUGCUGUUAUAAAAGGAGAGGAAAGUGUAAAGCAUUUCUGCACAUAUUUUGGUCACAUGUCUGCACUAAAAUUAUAACAAGGGGUUCAGUUUGGGGGCAACGUGGAAAGAAAAUGGGGAUGUAGCUGAUAUAAUAAUUCUAUUUUUCUUUUUAGGAGUAUACUGAGAUAGAUUGACACCGCAUUCCAGUGCUUUUCACAUGAGUUCCAUGAGUUUGACCAACAUUCCAUUUCCCCUUUAUUUAGUUUCUGGUGUCCUGUUCAUGCUGCUGGAUUCAACGUGGUAGUGUUUAUGCUGCUGGCAUGCCACACAAGAGCUGUGUUCUCUGACCCAGGUAAAUGCCAAUCACAACAUGAAGGACCUCUAAAUUACUGGCUUUUUUUUGUAUUAUGAGAUUGAACAUGUUACAAUCACGAGUACAGUUAUUUCUGUUUGAAAUGCAAUGAUAGCUACAGAUGUCUCCCUCUCUAACUUUUGUAUUUUCAUUCUUCUGCAUUUUACCUAGAAUACCGGACAGACCAAGCAAUGAUAAAUGACUUUAUCAAAUAGUGGCGCUUGCCAAAUGGGUCAUAAACCCCAUCAGGGCUCACACAGUAUGUGCCUAUGAAUGUAUCUUUAUUGAUUAACAUUCUGUGGUGAGAAAUACGUAGGGGCUCUUUCUAGCACUAGACAGUUGAUAUGUUAGGUCAUGCUACAGACAUGCCAGUGAGAUAGCUCAGUGGGCUAAUGCAUUAUCAGUGGAAUCUGUUCAACCCUUGGGUCUUAGGUUCAAAUCCUGGCAUGGUUGACUCAGCACUUCAUCCUUCCGAGGUAGAUAAAAUGAAUACCAUUAAAUUGGGGUUAAGGUAACAUCCCGAGGAUGGUAAUAGUAAUAACCCCUGGAUGUUGGGCUAAACUAAGUUUUGGCUCCUCUCUGAACCUUGAAAACUAAGGUCAGAGUAAUCUGAAUGUACCUUUCCUGGUUAAACACUUUGUUAUUAUUAUUAUUACAGACAUUCUUACAUUUAGUUAACUACAGAUGUAAAAAGUUAUUACACUUUACAGUGUGUCUUCAAUAACUGUAAAUCUUCACUCUAGAAUGUAAACUUAAUUCACGAUAUAAAGGAGCUUCACAGUAUGACUGCACUAACAUAAGGACUUGUUACAUAGCUUAUGUUUUCACUUGUGAUAUGUAAUUUUAUAAAAAAAUUUCUCUUGGCUGAGCUUUUGAUUUAACUUUGUUUUCCGCAGGUACUGUCCCAUUACCAGAUACAGCCAUUGAUUUUUCAGACCUCCGUUCUAACACACCACGCAAAAGUGACAGGGUAAGAGGUGCUGAUUUUACCGCCAGUCAUGGGAAACGUGAGCAAUGUGUUAUCUUUUGUCGGUUGUUUUUAAUUUUAGCUUUAUAAUGCUAAUUAUUACAUACUUGCAUUAAACAAAGCAUUUUUGGUGGGUAUUCACAGGGAAAUGAGGACUGGACAGUGUGUAACCGCUGCGAGACGUACCGACCCCCUCGUGCACACCAUUGUCGAAUUUGCCACCGCUGCAUUCGGCGUAUGGAUCACCACUGUCCCUGGUACGUUAGUUGAGUGUCUUGCCUAGUCAUACAUCAUUCACUGUCUUACUGUACAUAGGUUUUUUUGAUGCAGUUGAAGGAAACACUCCAUGCACCAUAACCACACAGCUAGUAUUGAUUCUUAUGCCAGGGAUUCCCUGAAGCUGUUCCACUACAAGAUCUCAGAUUUCAAAUUUGAUUUCAAAACUUACCUAGGCGCCUGCACCACAUGCAGUCUUCUUCUUCUAAAGUCAAUACAGGACCCUGUUCAAUGAGUACUGACAUGCAUGCCCCUGCCUAGAAUUUAACUAGAUUCUCCUGCAAGAGAAAACUGGAAGCAGGAGCUGCGUCGGCAGCACCAUAAAAGUUUUACUAUAAUGGCGAGGUGUGGUGGUUAUGGUGCUUGGAGUGUUCCUUUUAGAACUUGGCGGCUGUGUAGCUGCUUCUGCAUUAAGCUCUCACUAAAUCAGUAAGUGAUUCAAUGAAUCAUAAUGUUAAAGUGGCUCUGCACUUUUAAAUAUUUCAUAAAAAUAGAAUCAAUGCAAUUAAAAUCUCUUAUAAGUCAGAGUAGGGACUACUUCAUUCUGGAUUUCCUAGUAAACAAGAGUAUAACGUACACACUAAAAUGGUUAAAUACUUCCUGCAGGGUGCUUCAGAAAGGAAGGGCCAAUCCCUGGAGACAUCAAGAUACUUUUCCAGGUACACCCGAGGUUUCUUCUAAAAGGCAGACUUUUAUUAGAAACAAGGAGAAAAAAAAAAGUGGAGACAACGUUUUGGUUCCUCUCUGAGCCUUUACCAAGUCCUUGAUAAAGGAUCAGAAGAGAGCGGAAACAUUGUCUCCACUUUUUUUUUUUUUUCUUCUACUAAAAGACUGCCUUUAUCUCCGGCGUUCCUGGAAAUUUAUCAUUUCUUCCAUUCUACUUUGUUCUGUAGUCCAUUUUCAGCUUGAAACGACACGUGUUAACCAUGUAAAAUUCCUCCUUUUGUCAACAUCGGCAGUGCCCAUAAGUUAAAGUAGUAUCUACAUUGUCUAAUAUCUUUAUUUAUAAAAAAUAAACUUAUAUUGGAAUUUUAGUGAAAUAUGCGACAUUGAGCUUUAAUUCCUGUUUCUGAUUAUGUCGUUUGAAUUUCGUCUCCUAAUAGGAUUAAUAACUGUGUAGGGGAGCUGAACCAGAAAUACUUCAUCCAGUUCCUCUUUUACACUGGUACGUCCAUUCAUUGCAUGUGAUCACUCUGUGCUUCUUAUUGCCAGCAAUAUAUUUGUACGUUGCCAAGAUUAAUAUCCAUCCAGUGUGAGAACAAAACCUAUUUUGUGGAUCCAUGACUAUUCAGAGUGUGACAAAAAAAAAAAUCAUGUUUGCUUUUAAAAACAAACAACAAAUUAAUUGUGUGUGUGUGUGUGUGUAUACAUUGUGACCGAAAGCAAGGAAUUGUGCUGGAGGGAAUCUAUAUAUCUCCCCAGAUUUUGCAAGGUUCCUACUUUGUGUAAUUAGCCCCAGGGAAAUGUGUUAUGUUAAAAUGAAUAUUGCACUUUAAAUAUGUGUAUAUUUGGGCCCUGGGGUGGAGCGCUUGGAGAGUAGGGUGGGCCAGUGCUCCACUCCACAUUUUGGAAGUUGCUUGGAACCUACAGGUGAGAAGUCAAUUUCCAGAGUUUCAAUCCUAAUUUACCUCACCUGAAAAGGAUUGCUAAUUACAGGUGCUAUUAAGUACUCCCCUGCCAAAGGAGGAGAGAGAUUGUGUUCGAUUUAUGUGAGUGGAAACAGAGAGCUGAAACAGUAAGGUGGUUGUUUAUGUUGGGAAAUGGACAAGCCAUCCAACCCAGUUAGCUAAUUAUUUUGUUUAGUUCGUACUCAGAAGAGCAAGGAUUUUGUUUUAUAUAUUUUGUUACAACCUUUUAAACCUUACUGUGCAUCCAUUUUGGAGCCACAAUAAAAAGAGCAAGUCCUUUUACCUCAUCCAGCGUGUGAAGUGUCUCUAAAGUCUGAAAAGACUGUAACACCCCAAGGACAAGGUACCUAGGGAAAGGAGUACUUUUGUCACAACAUAUACCUGCAAAUUCAAGCAGUAUAUUUGUAUACAUACGAUUCGAGCUGGGGACACGAAUUGCGAGUCCCCUGCUCCCCACCACUAUUUGUUAUCCCGGUCCCCACAGAAGAGGUUGGUUGCCCAUACUGGAAGCAAGGUACGCGGUGAUGCAGCAGGCCAUCGGUGGACUUUUCCAAGAUGGCUGCAAGGCCAAGGGCUUCGCAAUACAGCCUACCAUUGGCUGAAAUCUUAGCAACCUUCAACAUCAUUUGUGAAAGGUUUCUGGGGGGAUUGUUCUUGUGCCCAGACCAAACAAAGCAGGUUACUAACCCAUAGAAAGGAGAGAGGAUUCGGUUUGAAGGAGGAUCGGAUCCCUGCUGGGCAGCCAUAACAAAUGCAAUAGUGUGCAUCCAAAUCAAAGCCCACUUGGGCCAAGAGCCAUCUGAGUAAAGCCCACAACACACAGCCAAUGCCUGCAGAGGGAGACCAAGGAAGAGACCGCAAAAUGCUGGAUUUGUCCCAGGUACUGUUGCAGACUUCCAAUGGGGGUGGACUGGAGCAGUACUGUCUUCUGGGUCCACAAAGGAAAAGGUGUUGGCUCCUAAAUGUGGUCAGGGGCUGGCACUGGCAUUCUGCAGAGCCUGUACAACUUGCUUUCUGGAGUGACUCCUGUGAAAACACUUCGAUCUUGCCUAGCCUGCAUAUUUGCUGAUUGUAUUAUCACCUGGCUGGACAUUGAGCCUUCCAGUGGUGUUUACACACUGAUUUAUGUUGUUGUCCUGCUGAUUGCGGGAUGCUUCCCUGUGUUUAAUAUUUCUUUAGGUUGACACACAGCCAGUGCGUAGGUUAAUGUCCUUAUUCGAUCUCACUGUGCUACUUAUGCCUUUCACCAUUUAAAAAGCUAUAAAAAUAUCGCUAUGUGAAAUUUGCAAUAUUUAUCAUCUCCAUUGCUGCUUUAAAAUAUUGCACAAUACUAUUGCGUUGUUAUGCCAUUGUACAAAAAAAAGCAUUUACUGAAUAUUUUUCGUCAUUGUCUAACAAUAAACAGAAUAAAGAACUAUUUUUUUUUUUGCAGGACUGGCAAGUCUCUACGCUAUGGGCUUAGUCAUUGUCACAUGGCUGUGGCCCCCAAAGAGAUCAACAGUGGAUGAAUCAGACAAGGAAGCUGUGCAUCUUAACCACGUGCAGCUGUAAGAGUGGAAUGGUUACAGACUGCAGAAGAGGCUACACAUUUACAACUAACCAUUGAUAGUUUUAAUAGAGCAUGCAGCCGUGUUUAUGUGCUGAGUUGCAGAGUCCAAUAUUUGUAAAUUCUAUUAAAAAAAAAAAAAAUCCAAGACUCCAGCACUUUGAACAGAUGGUGUAGUUUAGUGCACAGACUAUGGCAAUGUUUCCGUCACUGACCUUUAAAUCUCGUUCCCAUUACGUGAUUCAUCACACGACUCUUUAAAUUAGUCCAUCAUACAUGGGGUUAAUUAAGUAACCCUUUAGUGACAUUAAACUUUCUUCAUGUAUAAUAAUUGCAAUAACGUUGCCAAAUUCAAAGGCAAGCAAAAUACCAUUUAAAUCUGUGUAUUUUAGGUGUUUUUAAAAAUUAUUUACAAUUAAUUAAACAAAGAAUUAACAAGUAAAAAUCCAGAUUUGUAAAAAAAAAAAAAAAAGAAAAAAAAUGUACUCCAGUUUUUUUUGAGUAAUGUACUUUAAUAUACUUCUCUUUAGGAGUAAUAUGUUACUCUACUUAUGACAUUAAAAACCAAAGGGACUUUUGAUCAUCAAGUGGGUUUUGAGCUAACUUUCCCAUAAAUCUCUGGCCCUAUCCAAUUUGAAGAAGAUUUUAAAUUCGCCAUUCCCAUAAUUUUAAAAUGUAUUUGCCUUUCAGAGCCCACUGCAUCCUCCUACUCAUAGAAUCUGCCCUCUUCGGCCUUUUCGUCACCGUUAUUUUUUAUGAUCAGGUAGGUAAUUCAUUAUUUCGCGAAUGAGCAUAAUUAUUAUUGUGAUAAAAUAAGACAGAACUUGCUAAUUUGAAAUGGCCAUGAAAAACAUAGUGGUCAGAACUCCAAGUCUAUAACCAGUACGUUUUGAAUCUGCAGAUACAUACAGGGCAAUCUCAGGUUUUCAUUCUUGUAAGGUCAAUAAAAUGAAUACUAUUUAGAUGGGUAAUAGAUUUCAUACACAUCCCAGGGCAUGGAAGUUACUAUUGAAAGCUGACUGCCCCCUUCUUGGCUAACUGUGCUAUUAUCAUUAUUGUUAUUAUGCUUUAUCAGAAUCCAUAUUUUUAUUUGAGGCUUGGCUAAAUACAUUUCAAUGCAGUCUGAGACUUCUAUAGUAAAAAAAUGGUAUAUUACGCUAAUAACAUACAGAACUAAUCACAGAUCCUGACUCUUGAUAUGAUAAUUCUUAGGGGGUGUUAUAUUUUAUAUCUCAAGCUACUUUUGGAGCUAAAUUCAGUAGCUUGGUGACUAAUCGGUUUGUAGAGAAUGUUAUUCAAAGCUGGAUCGGAAUAUGCCCAAGCAACAACUAACCUUCCCUCUGGGCACCUUGUAAUCAAACUCUUCCAUAUCUUACAUUACAGACCUUUAAUGUUCACCUACUUUAUUGCUUUUGUUUUUUUUCAAGAUCGUGUCCAUCAUUAAUGAUGAGACUCCCAUCGAGCAGCUGAGGAAUCGACUCUUAAAAGAAGCACGUAAAGAGGUCACUCACACUCGCAAACCGAAGAUGGCUCUGCUCCGGGAAGUGUUUGGCAGAGGUGAGCCUCUCUGCCUCAUAGCUGGGCCAUAGCUUUGUAGCGACUGUCCUAUGAUAACAUUUUGUACCUAUUCUGGUAAAAAAAUAAUAAUAAUAAGGGCACAUCUAAGAGCCUGAUCAUCUGGUUAAUGGGCACCGCUAAAGCUGGAGCAAUUUUUUUGUUGCAUAUUUGAUUUAUUUUUUCUUCUCCUUCUUUUUUCAGGUUAUGCCAUCUGCUGGUUUUUCCCAUGUAACAGUCCCCCAACCUCAGGAGGUCCAGCUUACAGCUACCUUCCCGACUAUGAUGUUUGACAGCCUGGAGUUGUUUUUUUCCCCUACAACUGUCUACAUUCUACUUUAAACUACAGGUCAAAGAAGGGAGACGAUGAACAAGUGUUAUCAGAACAUUCUAUUUCCUAACUUUCUCCUCUUUCUACUGGUAUUGUAUCUGCAAACAUUCUGCUGCUGGAAACACUUGGAUUUUGCAGUUUAUCCUUUUCUAGUUUUUGUUUUUAAAUAUUUUAACCACUUGGUAUUGUCCUCCCCUCACUCUUGCUGAUAUUGUCCUAUGCUCUGCAUGAUGGACCUGUCUGCUCGUGGUGAGUCUUUGUUUUCAUGUCGGUGAAUAUAUAGUCCAUCUGAAGACUUUGCUGAGCUGCUUCUUGAUAUGAUUUGUUGGACUGUAAUCGGGUCCCUAUUUCUGACUCCACAUAUUUCAAGAGAUCUCACUAAUAUCAUCCAUAACUGAAGGAAAAGCACCUAGCCUGGGAAAUGGCGGUUUGGCAAGGAGUUAGGUCAAACCCUGCUGUUUUAGGCACAUGGUAUAGAGGUGGCAUUAAUCUCCCACUACACAAUACUAUGACAGCAUUACGUGGUAAAUAUAUCUCUAAAGACUACUACAUGUUUGAGUAUAGUUGGUGGCUCCAGUUGUGGUCCCUGCUGUAUCACUUUUGUGAGUAUGUUUUCCUAUUGCACUAUACCUUCUGCAGUCUGUUUUGUCUGCUGUUCUACAUCUUUUGUAGCUAUUUUGAUUCCCUUCCAGAAGACUGUGGAUAUCCUGAAAGUCUAUACACAAGGAUGGUACAUCUGCCCUUAUCUGCCAUCUCAAUAUAUUCCUCCAUAAUGUUUAACGUGCAAUGAUCAUUGGUAACAGAACAUUGUGCUACUAGAGUAAGCAUUGUGUGUGCAAUGGAUACGUAUCAAUUGUUUUUAUGCCAGGAAUUUAUUUAAUAUGUUGGGUCUAGCUGUAUAAUUUUUGGUUCUACAGUAGUAAAUGGAUUACUAUUCCAAGAAUCUUGUGAAUUGUAGUAUAACAGGAUGGAGUACCAAGGUGAAAAAUACUUAGUCUUCGAUGUUAACAAAGUCGAGAAGACUUUGAUGUUUAAAAAAAAAAAAAAUCCUUAUGCUCCUUUUCCUCUCCCUCCCAAACUGCAGUGUUUCCCAUUUUUACUCCAUGACCACCUGCCAAUCAGGAUGCUAUGACUUUCUAGUUGAGCCAUAGGGUUUUCCAUGUAGGAAGCUGACGUUUGAACUACAACUCCCAGAAACGCAGUUACAUAAGACAACCUUCCUGUUUUGUUUAGCUCUCGAAAGUGCAUAUCUUGAAUGUCUGUAGCAAUUGCAGUAACUAAAAAAAUUAGGAU